CUAAAUAUUAUAAAUACUCUAUGCACGUACGCACUUGUGUUCUUCACACCGAGACAAGCAUGGAGGCCUUGAUGCUUUAUCUUCAACCUCUGCUUCUUCUUCUUCCCCUCUUUCUAUAUCUCGUCUUCUUCAUCCGUAGAAAGGGCUCCGGCGAUCUGAAAAACCUACCUCCCGGCUCCGUGGGCUGGCCGAUUCUCGGAGAAAAUGUAGAGCUCGCCCUGUUAGGCUCGCAGAGAUUAAUGACAGACAGGAUGCAGAAAUACUCUCCAGCUGCUUUCACAACGUCGUUGUUCGGAGAGAAACUGGUGGUAUUAUGCGGCGCAGCGGGCAACAAGUUCAUCUUCACGAACGAGAACAAGCUCGUGACUCCGUGGCUGCCUCUAUCAGUGAGGAAGGUCCUGUUCCCAGAUUUCGACCAAGUGAAGCAUCAGGAACCGGAGGAGACGUUCCACAACUUCAAGCGCGACCUUUUCAAGCCGGAGGCAUUGAGAGACUACAUGCCUGCGAUGGACAGGCUGGCGCGUGAGCAUCUGCGCCAUGGCUGGAAGGCUGACUCGGUGGUGCAGGUGCGGCAGUCCACCAAGAAAUACACCUUUGAGCUGGCGUGCAAGGUGUUCAUGGAUGUGGUGGACCCGGAGCUGCUGGAGAAGUUGCUGGAGCCCUUUUCUUUAUUGACUGACGGCAUGGUGUCCCUCCCUCUCAACUUGCCCGGGACGGACUUCAACCGCGCUGUCGGAGCUGCCAAAGUGGUGCGCGCUGAGCUGGUUAGGAUUGCGCAGCAGCGGAGGAAGGAGCUGCUGGUGAUGAGCCGGGGACGGGAGGACCUCAUGUCGAAGAUGUUGUUGGUCACUAAUGAACACGGCAAAUAUAUGAGUGAUAGCAAGGUUGCUAACAUGGUGGUUUGUGUGCUUGUUGCUGCCCUCUAUGAAGUAUCCUCUGCAAUCACCAUUGUCACUAAAUCUCUUGCCGAACUUCCACACAUUUACGACCAGGUUUUUAAAGAGCAAAUGGAGAUUGCGAAAUCAAAAGGCCCUGAUGAGCUGCUGACGGAGGGGGAUGUGGAGAAGAUGAAGUACACGUGGAACGUUGUGCUCGAAUCCCUUAGGAUAACACCCCCUUCAUUCGGAACAUUCAGAGAGACAACAACUGAUAUCAGCUUUGCAGGUUUCACCAUUCCUAAAGGAUGGAAGAUAAUGUGGAGCCCCCAUUCGUCCCACUACAAUCCCGACUACUUCCCAGAGCCGGAGAAGUUUGACCCGUCGAGGUUUGAGGGGACUGGACCGGCGCCUUACACAUUCGUCUCGUUUGGAGGAGGGGCAAGAAUGUGCCCCGGGAGAGGCUACGCCAGGCUUGUAAUAUUGGUGUUCAUCCAUAAUUUAGUGACCAAGUUUAGAUUUGAAAAGGUCUUUCCUGAUGAGAAGAUGUUGUUCAAUCGUCUUUCGCCGGCACCGGCUCAUGGCCUUCCUAUUCGCAUCCAUCCUCAUCAAAAAUAAAUCCAUCUAUCCUUUGUCUUUGUAUCAUAUUGGAUUAUGUAAGAGAUGAACUUGGAAGUUUGAUCUAUCUAUGAAUUUAUGCA